GCCGUCGCGUUAGAUCCCACCGGAAACCAGUCAUGGCGACGGGGACAACUCCUUCUGCCGCUAAUCUUUUCACCAACUCGACGCGUUUCGAGUUCUCAUCCGCUGAUGCGCCUCCUUCAAAACUCUCUCUCUCCUCCGAUCAGCUCAAUCACUGCCUCCAAGCUCUCGGCGUUUUCCGGGGAAAGAUCCAAGAUCCUGACUCGAUCGCUCAAGAGUUUGCCGGUUUACAGGCUAAUAGGAUGUGGCCAUCGGAGAUGCUGCUAAACAGUACAGUGGCUACGAACAGUGUCAAUACUGAAAAAAACAGAUACAGUGAUGUUGUUCCAUUUGACAAGAACAGGAUUGUUCUGAAUCCAUGUAAAGACUAUAGAUCAUCUGCAAAAGGAUAUGUGAAUGCAAGCUUAAUUAAGACGUCGGAUUCUGAGAGUAUUUCUCAGUUCAUAGCUACGCAAGGUCCUUUACCACGUACGAUGGAGGACUUCUGGGAGAUGGUUAUUCAGCAGCAUUGCCCAAUCAUUGUCAUGCUCACUCGAUUGGUUGACAAUAAUCUGAUGGUUAAAUGCGGGGACUAUUUUCAAGCCGAAGAUGGACCUAGAGAAUUUGGCAACAUAUCUGUUACGACAAAGUGGACAAAGUCUAUUGACACUUCAUUGAUGUUACGGAAUCUUGAGGUUAACUACAAGGAGACAGAGAAUCAGCCCAUGUCCGUUUUGCAUAUUCAGUAUCCAGAGUGGCCUGAUCAUGGAGUUCCCAGGGAUACUGUGGCUGUCCGUGAAAUUCUAAAAAGAUUAUAUCAAGUACCGCCUAGUCUCGGCCCAAUCAUUGUGCAUUGCAGUGCAGGUAUAGGAAGAACCGGAACCUACUGUGCCAUACAUAACACAAUCCAGAGAAUUCUUGCUGGGGAUAUGUCUGCGUUGGAUCUUGCUAAAACCGUGGCAACAUUUCGAAGCCAACGCAUUGGCAUGGUUCAAACCAUGGAUCAAUACUUCUUUUGCUACACCGCUAUUGUUGAUGAAUUAGAAGAUCUAACCGCAGGGACAGAUGCUGGAACGAGUUCUUAAAGCUGAAGGGUUCUUCUGCUUAGAGAGGAAAAAAAGCUUCUACGCAACUGUAUCGUUUUCUUAAUGUGUGAUUCAUGAAGAAACCGGCGUGGAUAAAUCUUUAGUGUUUCCUCUAAAAUCAAAAGACUACAAUUUCUGUAAAUUUCCAGAUGUGAUAGGCUUUUAGUGUUACUUUUGUUGUGGAAAUGCUUGAUUAAAGAAGCAAAUGAAAAUUUGCCAAUGCA